AUGACAAGCCGUGAUCUGGAAGGUCAAGAUGCCAAACACACGAACCGAGCCGGCCCAGGGCAGGUUGGGGAAACCGAAACGAUGGAAGAUGAUGGUCCGUUCAAGCAUCUGCCAGAGCAUGAGAGGCUCAUCCUCAAGAGACAGUUAGAUCUUCCCGCCACCAAUGUCAAUUACAUGGCUUUGUAUCGUUAUGCGACACAGAAUGACAGGAUUGUUCUUAUGCUUGCCUCGGUGGCCGCGAUCAUUGGCGGUGCGCUGAUGCCCAUGAUGACUGUUUUGUUCGGUGGUCUUGCAGGCACCUUCCGCAGUUUCCUGUUGGGCGAAAUCUCGGGGAGCAAGUUUAACAGCGACCUUGCGAGUUUCUCUCUGUACUUUCUCUACCUCGCUAUAGGCGAGUUUGCUAUGGUUUAUAUGGCCACGGUCGGUUUCGUGUACGCCGGCGAACACGUCACAUCAAAAAUCAGAGAACGCUUCCUAGCCGCCAUUCUCAGACAGAAUAUUGCCUUUUUUGACGAGCUUGGUGCGGGUGAGAUCACCACACGCAUUACAGCAGAUACCAAUCUUGUCCAGGAAGGCAUCUCAGAGAAAGUGGGAUUGACCUUGACAGCCAUCGCCACUUUUGUGGCCGCUAUCGUGAUCAGUUUCACCAGGCAUUGGAAACUGGCGCUGAUUAUGUGCUCCACUGUCGUGGCUAUUGUUGUCACGUUGGGUUUCGUGGGCACGUUCGUUGCUAAGCUCAGCAAGACAUACCUUGGCCAAUUUGCUAAAGGCGGAACGGUUGCAGAAGAGGUCAUUAGCUCGAUUCGAAACCCGGUUGCGUUCAAUACCCAAGAGAAGUUGGGUCGAUGGUAUAAUGGAUAUCUUGUUGAAGCAGAGAAGUCUGGCUUUAAGCUGAAAUCCACCACUAGCUCAAUGCUUGGUUUUCUCUUCCUGUACAUCUACCUCAAUUAUGGACUGUCUUUCUGGAUGGGCUCCCGCUUCCUGGUGGAUGGAUCCGUUGGGUUAGCGCAGAUUCUUACUAUUCAAAUGGCCAUCAUGAUGGGUGCCUUUGCCCUGGGCAAUAUUACACCGAAUGUCCAAGCCAUUACCACAGCGGUUGCAGCAGCCAAUAAGAUCUAUGCAACCAUCGAUCGUGUCUCUCCUCUCGAUCCCCUAUCGACUGAGGGUCAGAAGCUCGAGAAAAUUCAGGGAGAUGUGGAGCUCAAGAACAUUAGACAUAUAUACCCUUCCCGCCCCGAUGUUGUUGUGAUGGAUGAUGUAAGUUUGAUAUUCCCAGCUGGUAAGUCUACAGCUCUUGUUGGAGCUUCAGGCUCUGGGAAGAGCACUAUAGUCGGUCUGAUUGAGCGUUUCUACAAUCCUGUGGGUGGAUCUCUAUAUAUCGACGGCCACGAUAUCAAAGAUCUAAAUCUACGCUGGUUACGACAACAAAUCUCAUUGGUUAGUCAAGAGCCUGCAUUAUUCUCUACCACGAUAUUUGGAAAUAUUAAGCACGGAUUGAUCGGAACACCGCACGAGCAUGCGUCCGACAAAGUGAUUACUGAGCUAGUCGAGCGCGCUGCUCGAAUAGCAAAUGCCCAUGAUUUCAUCUCUUCCCUUCCUGAACGCUACGAAACUAACAUUGGCGAACGAGGGUUACUUCUCUCCGGGGGGCAGAAACAACGUAUUGCCAUCGCCAGGGCCAUAGUUAGCGACCCUAAGAUCUUACUACUCGAUGAAGCAACAUCUGCACUCGACACAAAGAGCGAAGGGGUUGUACAAGCUGCACUCGACAAAGCUGCCCAGGGACGAACUACCGUGAUCAUUGCUCACCGGCUCUCUACUGUCAAGAAUGCGGACAAUAUUGUGGUAAUGUCUCACGGACGUGUUGUCGAGCAAGGCACCCACUAUGAACUCCUUCAAAAGAAAGCGGCUUAUCAUAAAUUGGUCGAGGCUCAGCGGAUAGCGAUGAAGCAGAUGUCUAGAAAUCAAGAUAAUGAUCACAUUUUGCCCGAAACCGAUUAUGAUUUACUGCAAACCGGAUAUGAUGAGAAGUGCGACAGCUUCGGCAAGUUAGACGAAGAAGAAGAAUCUCAGGACCCUACAGCGUACAAGACACAGUCAGAAAAAUCACGAACCACACUUUCGAGGAAGGGAAAAGAGCAACAAGAGGACAUUGCCGACAACUAUACCCUGUUUGAGCUUAUACGUUUCGUGGCGGGUUUGAACAAACGAGAAUGGAAAUAUAUGGUCUUUGGAAUUUUACUCGGCAUCGUCUGCGGCGGAGGUAAUCCAACACAAGCCGUCUUCUUCUCUAAGUGCAUUACAGUCCUUUCACUCCCUCUCUCAGAAAGCUCUGAAAUACGUCGACAAGUCAACUUCUGGUCCCUGAUGUAUUUGAUGCUCGCCUUUGUGCAGCUAUUGGCUCUUACAACUCAGGGUAUUAUGUUCUCUCACUGCGCAGAGCGACUGAUCCAUCGAGUUCGUGACCAAACAUUCCGGCAUAUCCUCCGGCAAGACAUUGCCUAUUUCGACAAACGUUCUGCAGGUGCUCUCACUUCCUUCCUAUCCACUGAGACCUCUCAAUUGGCUGGGCUGUCGGGGAUUACUAUGAUGACCAUCCUCUUGAUGGUCACUACUUUGGUUGCCGCUUGCACCAUAGCGCUGGCUGUAGGGUGGAAGCUUGGUCUGGUUUGCAUUUCCACCAUCCCCCUUCUCCUCGCUUGCGGGUACUUCCGCUUGGUAAUGCUGGUUCGACUCGAGAGAGAGAAGAAAAAGGCCUACGCAGAUUCUGCAAGCUAUGCUUGUGAGGCCACUUCAGCUAUCCGAACCGUAGCUUCUUUAACCCGUGAGGAUGACAUUUGCAGUCACUACCAUGCACAGCUUCUCUCGCAAGGCCGCAGCCUAGUGUGGUCCGUCCUUAAGUCGUCCACCCUCUAUGCAGCAUCUCAAUCACUCCAGUUCCUCUGCAUGGCUCUCGGCUUUUGGUAUGGAGGCAACCUGUUCGGUAGACGCGAAUAUAGCAUUUCCGUCAUUUUCGGCGCGCAGUCAGCAGGGACUAUCUUCAGCUACGUACCGGAUUUUGCCAAAGCUCGUCAUGCUGCUGCUAGUGUCAAGGCUCUCUUUGACCGGACACCGGAAAUUGAUAGCUGGAGCGAUGACGGCGAAAAGGUUCAGAGUAUAGAAGGCCAUAUCGAGUUCAGGGAUGUACACUUCCGGUACCCGUCGCGACCAAACCAACCUGUUCUACAAGGUCUUAAUCUCCAGGUCAAACCCGGACAAUACGUUGCAUUUGUUGGAGCUAGUGGAUGUGGUAAGUCCACUGCAAUUGCGCUCUUAGAGAGAUUUUAUAACCCAACUCUCGGGGGUAUCUAUGUGGAUAGCAAAGAAAUCUCAUCAUUCAACGUCAAAAAUUACCGCUCCCAUCUCGCACUUGUUGGCCAAGAGCCAACUCUAUACCAAGGUACUAUCCGUGAGAAUAUCAUGCUAGGUACGGACAGAGAUGAUAUUUCAGAAGAUGAAAUAGUGGCAUGCUGCAAGAAUGCAAAUAUCUACGAUUUCAUUAUUGGCCUGCCAAGCGGGUUUGAUACUCUCGUUGGUAGUAAGGGUGGUAUGUUAUCGGGUGGCCAGAAGCAACGCCUUGCAAUUGCCAGAGCCUUGCUCCGCAACCCAAAAAUUCUUUUACUAGAUGAGGCCACCUCGGCUCUCGAUUCCGAGUCUGAAAAAUUCGUACAAGCUGCUCUGGAUACUGCAGCAAAAGGCCGCACAACGAUAGCUGUCGCACAUCGUCUCAGCACGGUGCAAAAGGCAGACAUGAUCUAUGUCUUCAACCAAGGUCGCAUCAUUGAGGCUGGGACCCAUUCUGAGUUGAUGCAGAUGCGGUCGGCGUACUUUGAACUUGUUGGCUUGCAGAAUUUGGGCGAGAUGUAA